GCGACCCCGAGUCGCCACCCCGUCGCCGCCGCGUUCUCUCCGCGAGGGUCAGCGCUAUAAACAUCCGACCUCGCCGGAACCCUAUCCUUUGAGAACUCCCUUCUCCGCCACUACCCAAGCUCUCCCUUACCUGCCGCCACCUGCCGCCUCUGCUGCUAGGGAUCCUCCAUUCGCGCGCUAUCACGAGAGCUAGCAACAGUAGCUGUCGCUAUCGUGCCGCUCCGGCAGUGUCCCCAAACCCUAGCCCUGAUGCCUCAUAUAGACGGAGCUGAUCAGAUCGCCGCCGAGUGGUUCGCGACAGAGGCGGCGGAGCGGCCGGGGGAGCUGCGGAGGAGCGGCUCCGCCAGCCGCCUCAACGCGCAGGCGCCGGAGUUCGUGCCGCGUGGGCCGCCGCCGCCGGCAGCUGCGGUGGUGCCGCCACCGCCGCCUCUUAUUCGCGUGUUCGCCGCGCCUCCCCCUCCUCCGCGCGCGGCCUUUUUCGCGGCGCCCCCGCCCCGGCCACCGCCGUUCGAGUACUACGCGCCGGUGGGGGGACGCGGUGGAUUUGCCACCGAGGAGCAGGAACCGGAGCCGGAGCCGAAGGUGGAGCUGCUCCCGCCCGCGGAGAAGGCGGAUCCGGUGGUGGACGGACUCGCCGACGAGGUGGUGCACAAGAUCACCAAGCAGGUGGAGUACUAUUUCAGUGAUAUAAACCUGGCUACCACAGAACAUUUGAUGAGAUUCAUUACCAAGGAUCCUGAGGGAUAUGUGCCAAUAUCAGUUAUUGCUGGUUUCAAGAAAAUAAAAGCUUUGGUGCAUAAUAACUCGAUGCUUGCUGCGGCUCUCCGAACCUCUUCGAAACUUGCUGUAAGUGAUGAUGGAAAAAGAGUCAAACGCCAGGAGCCAUUUACUGAAUCUGAUUUGCAGGAGCUCCAGUCCCGAAUUGUUGUUGCAGAAAAUCUUCCUGGUGAUCCUUGCUACCAGAAUCUUAAGAAGAUAUUUUCAGCUGUUGGCAGUGUGAUUUCAAUCCGUACUUGCUAUCCUCAGACUCCAAAUGGCACUGGCCCUGCUACUAAUAGAUCUGCCAAGCUAGAUAUGCUUUUUUCUAACAAGCUGCAUGCUUUCGUGGAGUACGAGAUUCCUGAGGAUGCUGAGAAGGCAAUUUUGGAGCUUAAUGAUGAGAAAAACUGGAGAAAUGGGCUUAGAGUCCGGUUGCUGAAUACUUGCACGACGAAGGGGGGAGGCAAAGGCAAAAAGGGAGUGCAUGAAGCUGAUGGAAAUGGCGAGGAGGAUGUCUCCACUUCGAACCAAUCAAAUGAGAAGCAGUUUGAAGAAUCCUCUCAACUGUUAGAUGUAUUGCCGGAACACUUGUUUGAGGAGAACUUCAAUGACAAGGAAGUUCCGAAACACGGCAAAGGACGCGGACGUGGUGGCAGAGGACGCGGGCGUGGCAAUCACCAGUACAACAACCAGCACUACAAUCACCACGGCAGCAACCGCGGUGGUGCUCAUCCGGUUGGAACUCCGCCACAUAACCUGAUAAUCAAACCCGAGCAGCACCAGCAGCUGCCAAUCGGGGCCAACAAACAGCCUCCAGGCCCUCGCAUGCCUGACGGCACACGGGGUUUUGCCAUGGGCAGAGGGAAGCCGCAAGCUAUGCUACCAGGUUUGUGCGCUGUUGGCGAGCCUUAAUCUCUGGUUGUGGUGAGAGGCAUGCUGAGUGUUGUUCUUAUGUCAAUAUGGUGGGAUGAUUCCUGUAUCAAAUCGUGUUUCUUGAUGGAUGUUUGCUCUAGUGUUUGGACCGUGUGUUAUGGUCAGUGCUAUGUACUGCGAAACCAGACGUGUUGGAUCGUGAGUUACCGUCUCUUCUAGCUCUCUGUUUCUUUGGGUUUGCCUAUUUGGGAAGCAAGCCAUGGUUACCGAAGAGGAUAAGAAAAGAGCAUGGUAAAUUAUAUAGUUUGGUGAUCU